CUCCAUCAGUAUCCAGCUAAUUGACACACUCGACUCGAUCCAGGGAGCACGAACCACAACCAAAAACCACAAGCAAAGUUAGGAGAGAUGGCGCACUUCCAGGGCCAGCAGCACGGCCACCCGACCGCCACCCGCGUCGACGAGUUCGGCAACCCUGUCUCUGCCGCCGGUGCCGGACACCGCGUCGCCCAAGGGUUGGGACAUCUGCAGGGGCAGGGGCAGCACGGCGCCCAUGCCACGACACGCUUCGACGAGUACGGCAACCCAAUAGCCGCUGCUACCGGGGCUCACGGCCUCGGUGGCACCGGUGCCCACGGCGUCGGGCACGGCACCACUGGCCAUGGCGGUGGCUACGACUCCACUGGCACUGGCACAGGGGGCGCCUAUGGCGGCCGGCAGGCAGGGUACGGUGCCACUGGCACGGGCACCCACGACACCGGUGGUGGCUAUGGAGGCGUCGGUGACUCGGCUGCUGGGUACGGUGCCACGGGCACCGGGAUUCACGAUGCGGGCGGUCUGGGCGCCGGGCAUGCUGCUGGGCACGGUGCGGCGACCCGUGCCGGUGUUCACGACGCCGGUGGUUUUGGAACGGGCCAUACGGCCGGGUACGGCGCCACUGGUACCCAUGGCACGGGUCACAAGCUCGGGUCUGAGACCGCAAUCACGGGGACCCAUGGCAUAGGCCACACGGCCGGGCAUGGCACUACUGGCACCGGUACCGGAAUCAUGGGGACCCAUGGCACAGGCCACACGGCCGGGCAUGGCACCACCGGCACCGGCACCGGAAUCAUGGGGACCCUUGGCACAGGGCACAAGACUGGCGGGAUACUCCACCGCUCUGGCAGCUCCAGCUCAAGCUCGUCAUCAGAGGACGACGGGAUGGGCGGCAGGAGGAAGAAAGGCAUGAAGCAGAAGAUCAAGGAGAAGAUGCCCGGCGGACACAAGGAGCAGGCCGGGACGGCCGGAUACACGGGGGCCACUGCCACUGGCACCGGAGGGGCCUACGCGCCUGCUGCUACCACCGAGGGGGCUCACGAGAAGAAGGGCGUCAUGGAGAAGAUCAAGGAGAAGCUCCCUGGCGGCAACAAGGACAACCCGCCGCACACCACGGCCACCACCGGCGGCUAUGGCUCUGCUGCCACCACCGGCACCGGUGGCUAUGGGUCUGCUGCGACUACCGGCACCGGCACGCAUGCCCCGACGACCGAGGGGACGCACGAGAAGAAGGGCAUGAUGGAGAAGAUCAAGGAGAAGCUUCCCGGCGGCCACCACUGAGCAUGGAUGUAGUGGACUAGUGGUCUCGGGUGAGCAGAGUAAUGAAGAAUAAAGUAGUCUGCCGUGUGUGUGUUUGCAAGACUGCAAGUGCAAGGUCAUACUUACUCUGAAUUUGUAUCUUAGUGCGUUUUCAUAUCUUUCCUUGUGAUCGAUGUUGUCCUAGUUUGACAUGGGUCUGUUUGUUGGAAACUCCUUGUUAUGUUUUGGGUUCGAGUUUGGUCCGUGUAGUGUGCUGCUAUUUCA